AUAACACUAUGCAAUACAAUAACAAAUGCCAAUCAAUUGCCAAAUAUUAUUAUCUUUUUGGUGGACGAUAUGGGUUGGGCUGACGUUGGCUACCGUUCCGAUCAUAUGCUAACACCAAACAUCGAUACCCUAUCGGCCGAUGGCAUAACACUAAACAGUUAUUACACUCAACCGUUGUGUACGCCCAGUAGGGGUGCACUGUUAUCGGGCGUACAUCCCAUACACUCAGGCACUCAGCACCUGGUGUUCAAUGAACUACAACCGGCUGGCUAUCCAUUGGAUCAGAAACUGUUACCCGAAUAUCUUAAACAAUAUGAUUACGCAACACAUGCUAUCGGUAAAUGGCACCUGGGUUUCUAUAAGCGUGACUACACGCCCACCUAUCGUGGUUUUGACACCCACUUCGGUACGUGGGGUGGUUUCGGUAACUAUUAUAAUCAUAGUAUGUGUUCGGGUAUUAUCUAUCAGACAUUUAAUACGUGCGGACUAGACUACAGACAAAAUAUGAAACUAUUGACCGAUCAGCCGGACAACCAGUAUUCAACUCAGGUGUAUACUAGUAAAACACUUGAUCUGAUUGAUCAGCACAACACUAGUAGACCACUAUUUCUAUAUGUUGCCUACCAGUCCCUACAUUCAAGUUAUGCGGAUAAUAUACUACAAGCACCGCCCGAUAAAUAUAUGAACCGUUUCCGACAUAUAGAGUCCCAGAAUCGUCGUACGUAUGCGGCUAUGGCCUACAGUAUGGACGAAUCGAUCGGUGCUAUUGUUGAGAAACUAUACGAUCGGUCAAUGCUAUCGAAUAGUAUUAUCCUAUUUACCAGCGAUAAUGGUCCGCAAGCUGUCAAUGUACCUAGCGUAUUUUCUAAUUUUGGAUCUGCUGAACCAUUGCGUGGUUCAAAAUCUACUCUAUUUGAAGCAGGUAUACGAGUGCCGACAUUCAUAUGGAGUCCAUUGCUUAACACUACGGGCUAUGUGUCCGACCAGCUCAUACACGUUACCGAUAUUAUGCCCACACUGUUGGACGCAAUCGGUGCCGAUUUAGAUCCAUUUACCAAAAACAACAUUAGUUAUGGUAUGUCUCAAUGGGAAAGCCUAUCGCUCAAUGGAUCGUUAGCACCGAUACGUACGGAACUGUUGCACAAUAUAGACCCGAUAUGGAACCAGUCGUCCAUCAGAUGGUUUGAUUGGAAAUUGCUAUACGGACCCAAUGAUCCUAACUAUCCACAUCGGGCAUCAUUUGCCAGUAGCUGGUGGCCAACCAUACCCGUAGAGGACAGUCAACACAUUCACAUGGAUCAGCCGUCAAGGGAUGAACUGAAACGAGCCGAUCGACUGGCUAGUCGUACCUAUCAGGUGCUGUCAGCUAUGAACCGACGGCCGCCAACAACGACCGAUUACGAUGUCCUCGAAAAGACGGCAACAAUUAAAUGUCCGCCAAAACCUGACGGCUCCUUAUCGAGCGACCCAUACAGGUGUCAACCGGACAGACAGUUUUGUUUGUUUAAUAUCAGACACGAUCCGUGCGAACAUCGGAACAUUGCCCACGAAAACCUGGAUCUGGUUGACUAUAUGUGGCACCGACUGCUUGACCUGAAUCGAACGGCCGUACGACCGCUGGCACUGAUACCAGUCGAUCGGGACAGUUAUCCCGAUAGACAUGGAGGUGCAUGGACUAAUUGGCUAGAUGAUGAUGAUGAUGAUGAUAUCCAUGGAAACCGUGAUGAACUUUAGAC